UGGAGUCAGGUUUACGAAGCUGGUGGCCGGGGACAGUGGCACCUGGAGCUGUCACGUGGGACUCGUCAACCAAACGGGGAACAAAGUAUCCAGUUCCAAGUCACCAUCGAAGAGCAAUUAAAAGUGCGGCAUUACUGGCACGAGUCGUACGGACUUGUGGUAGAAGCCAGAGUUCACCCCACGAGGACGCUACAUUACUGUAUAUUUGUUCGUUCCGAUGGCCUUGUUUUGACAACAAAGAACAUUUCGGCUGACCACAAACUUAUAUCCAUUGACGAGCGUCACCGUCUACUCCGGAUCAAAAAAACGAGUGGCUUGGACCUCUAUCCUUGGAUAAUCAUCGCGAAAGUCAAAAAACAUGGUUUUGUGACUAGAAACACCACUGACAAUGUAUUCUGGUUCAAACAAACUGCAUCGGGUGCAAACAUCACUGGACAACAAGCAACCAAUGAUAAAUUUGAAAUACAAAGGGUAUUGUUAUCCCGGAUCGACCGUGUGACCAGGAUCGGUGAGCACAUUGACAUGUCGUUAGACAAUUCAGAACAAGAAGAACUGUGCUACUUCAUUUCACCUAAUGGGGAAGAUAGUAGUAUAGUCGAGAGCAUUGCUGGUGUGACGGUCCACGAGCGAAGCAUCUUUGUAUCCUGCAGGAUGACAGUGGGUCCUAUCGAAAGAUCGCUUAUAGGAAACUGGACCUUAUGCGCAAGGCGUACAGAUACUGUAAUACACGAACGUUGUCAACACAUAAAUGUUACUUUUAGUAAUAAUAACAACCCGAGCGCUGCUUGGCAUGUCAAUGAGCGUCCUCAGUUCAACCAUAGCGUCAGUCUUGGCAGGUACUUGACACCAGUCGUUAUAGGCGACGGUAACACGAGAUCUUGCCACAUUAUUACUCCAGAUGGUGAAGAUCUGAUCAUUACCCACGAUACCAAUUAUCGGAAUCUGGAGCUGGUAUCUCUGAACCCUUCUACCAGGACCUGUUCCGUCAGGAUAGGUCCGAUAGAAAGCUGGAUGAUGGGAGAAUGGACUCUCUAUGGCAUGUUCAGGCGCAAGGCUAAUAAUGAAGUUAGGUUGCCAAUGCGUCUGUUAUUUUACGACGAAGAGAAUCCCUACACCCAGCCAUACAACAUCACUAAUCUGGACUCAAUCAAUCGCAACGUGCCUUUAGGCCGAACAAUAACUUUAGAAGUGACCGGCACAGGAAACACAGAUGAAUGUGAAUACAGACCUCCAACUGGUCAGAGAUACUUGUUCAAUGCAACUGAUCACUUCCCUGGUGUAACAAUAAUGGAUGUUGGAGUGUUAACAAUUUGUCGCAUUACGGUGGGUCCUGUUGAUGCAGAUAUGUUUGGGUCAUGGGAAUUAGUAGGGAGAUUUAGCAACAAUGAAAUAUUUACGGAGCGACGGCAGCCAUUUUACAUAGCCAUGGGAGACCAAGACGAACAGGAAGACACAGAAUGGUUGCCAAAUAUCGAACUUGUUGCAAGAACGGGUCAACUCAUAGAUAUAACUUUAAAUAACAUGAAGCAAGACGAAAGAUGUUUCUUCGAUAACCCUCGAGGAGAGCGUGGUUCUGAGGAAACUGGGAUGAGUGGUGUAAGGAUACACGAGAGUAGCAGAUACGUAUCAUGUAGGAUAACUAUCGGGCCGAUGGAACAAUCACUGAUUGGAAACUGGACGCUUUGUGGCAAUUACGGGCCUGGAAAUAGCUACGAGAGAUGUCAAGCAGUCAAUAUAGCUUGGCAUAACAGCAACAAUCCCAGCUCAAACUGGCAAGUCAAUAAUCAAAGGCUAUUCAACCACAGCGUUAGUUUGAACAAAUUUUUGAAUCCAGUUGUGGAAAGUUCUGGGUCAACUAUCUCCUGUCAUAUUAUCACUCCAAAUGGAGAAGAUCUGGUGCUGACACCUGACUCCCAAUACCCAAGACUUCAAGUUGCGAUAAGAGGAGCUUCAUGUGCCUUCACAAUUGGCCCGUUAGAGCGUUGGAUGUUGGGAGACUGGACCAUUUACGGAAUGUUUAGAGGUCGUGGUAUUUUCGAAAACAGACUGCCAAUGAAUUUAGCGCUCUUUGACGAAAACAACCCCUACACGCAACCCUACAAUAUAACAGAGCUGAACAGGAUUACUCGGCUCAUCCCGUUAGGAGUAACAACAACAGUAGAAGUGACUGGCGGUGGCAACAUAGACCGUUGUAUGUACAGAGUUCCUACAGGACAAGUGUAUGAAUUUAAUGCAGAAACACAUUUCCCUGGGGUUACAAUACCUGCUGUAGGUAAUAGCAUCGUCUGUCGCCUAUCAAUUGGUCCCAUAGAUAGAAAUAUGCUCGGAGAAUGGCAAGUCGUAGGACAAUUUAGGACUAACAAUGGAACAUUUACGGAGAGACGGCAAGCUUUCUCUAUAAUCGAAGAAGAUCCCGAAAACCCAUUCAUUGAGAAGAAUAGAGAGAUCAUUAAUUUGAAUGAUCGUACCUUCGACACACAAAUUGGUGAAAACGUAUCAGUCAGUAUAGGUGCUCAGAGGUUUAUAAGCCGUGAGUCCUGUCACAUCAGGACUCCAGCUGGAAGACAGUAUAUCAUGGCGGAACACUUCAACCUUCCCGGUGUAACACCGUUUACCAACCAGAACGUUGAAUGCGGAGUCAGAGUUACAGUUUUAUCUGAAGAUAUGAUCGGAGAGUGGGUGUUGAUAUCCAGAGGAAAUUCUGUGGACAACCCAAUUGAGCGAAGACAACGUUUUAUCAUUCACGCUGAAGUGCCAGUUGCAGCUUUCUCAUCAAAUCUGGAAAUAGUCCAGGGAAAUAAUCUAUACGUCCGUCUAAGGGAUCCUACAGACGAAUAUGAGACAUGUCGACUCACUGGUCCUCAAGGAAAUGAAGUCGCCAAAGCUGUUAACAAUACACUUUAUCUUGAAACAUGUGGUUUUAUAGUAAAGGAAAUUAGUUUGAAUGAUAAUGGAAUUUGGCACAUUGUCUUUGGGAGGAGAAUCGUAUACAUAGCUUCUAUCAACGUUACGGUGAUUGAGAGAGAUAUAACCGAAAUGGGGGCUGUGGACAUCAUUAAGGAUGUUGCAGUCAACAGGACAGUGGGUCCAGAAGAUGCUACUUACUGUAGGCUAGAGGAUCCCACGGGAGCUGUAGUGUUCGACGGGUUCGGCAGAUGUAGACUGACUCUGGAGAGAGUGACGACAGAACACGAUGGAACCUGGGACAUGAUUAUAGGAUUACCUGGAAGUGUUUUGGUUAAAAGUCGCAACUUCGUAGUCAAUGUUAUGGAGGCAGGUUAGUAAAAGAUCUUGAAACUUAAGAGAUAU